AUGCGGAUGCUCGCGUAUGGAGCAUCCGCUGACUCUGUUGACGACUACGUUCGGAUCGGUAAAAGUACGUCGCUUGAGAGCGUGAAGAGGUACGUUCGAUCGAUUAUCAACAUCUUUGGAGUGGAAUACCUUCGUUCACCGACUAAUGAAGACGUUGCAUGCCUGCUCGAGGAAGGCUCACAACGAGGUUUUCCUGGUAUGCUUGGGAGCAUUGACUGCAUGCACUGGACAUGGAAGAACUAUCCAACUGCCUGGCAAAGUAUGCAUACUGGACAUUUUCAUGAACCUACAAUUAUUUUAGAGGCCGUAGCUAGCAAAGAUCUUUGGAUAUGGCAUGUCUUCUUUGGACUGCCAGGGUCUCACAAUGACCUUAAUGUUCUACAUCGUUCACCGGUUUUCGUACAACUUGCGAAGGGAAGAGCUUCACCAUACAACUAUACUAUCAAUGGCCACGAGUAUAAUAUGGGAUACUAUCUCACCGACGGGAUUUACCCAGAGUGGUCCACAUUAGUGAAGACUAUUCCAGCACCUCGAGGAAACAAGCAUAAGUACUUUGCUUAA